UGGGCGGUGUCGCCGCCGCUCGGGGCCGUGUGUGGUGUCCCCGGCGCUGUCCGCAGCCCCUGGCGUGCAUGGCCGGCCGAUGGCAGCGCGCUGAUGGCCCAGCUCGCCAUGGCCGCCCGGGACGAGCUCUACAGCAAAGUCAUCCCGCGCCGGGGCCGCCAGCACCGCGCCGGGACCAUCAAACAUGGCUCUUCGCUGGACAUCCUGCUCUCCAUGGGCUUCCCCAAAGCGCGGGCACAAAAAGCGCUGGCAUCGACAGGAGGAAGGAGUGUCCAAGCAGCAUGCGACUGGCUCUUCUCCCACGUGGGUGACCCGUUCCUGGACGACUCGCUGCCCCGCGAGUACGUGCUGUACCUGCGCCCCACCGGGCCCCUGGCGCAGAAGCUCUCCGAGUUCUGGCAGCAGUCCAAGCAGAUCUGUGGCAAGAACAAAGCCCACAACAUCUUCCCCCACAUCACCCUCUGCCAGUUCUUCAUGUGUGAGGACAGCAAGGUGGACGCCCUCACGGAAGCGCUGCAGGCCACGGUGAUGCGCUGGAAAUGCAAAUUCCCCGCGCCCCUGCCCCUGGAGCUCUACACGUCCUCCAACUUCAUCGGGCUCUUCGUCAAGGAGGACAGUGCUGAGGUGCUCAAGAAGUUUGCUGCAGACUUCGCUGCAGAGGCGGCUUCCAAAGCAGAUGUGCACGUGGAGCCCCACAAGAAGCAGCUCCACGUGACCCUGGCCUAUCACUUCCAGAGCAGCCACCUGCCCACGCUGGAGAAGCUGGCCCAGAGCAUCGACGUCAAGCUGGGCUGCGACUGGGUGGCCGCGAUCUUCUCCCGCGACAUUCGCUUCGUCAACCACGAGACUCUGCAAGUGAUCUACCCCUACACCCCCCAGAACGACGACGAGCUGGAGCUGGUCCCAGGGGAUUUCAUUUUCAUGUCCCCAGUGGAGCAGAGCAGCACGAGCGAGGGCUGGAUUUAUGGCAUUUCCCUGGCCACUGGCUGCUCGGGGCUGCUGCCCGAGAACUACAUCACCAAGGCGGAUGAAUGUGGCACCUGGGUGUUCCAUGGGUCCUACUCCAUCCUGAACACCUCAUCCUGCCCAUCCCUCCAAGCCUUUGCUGAUGGAGCUCUGGAGAGAAGGCAGCAGGAAGACCAAGGGCCAGGGGACGCUGGGCCUCUCACCAUCAUCUGCCAGAACGUGCAGCCCCUGAGGAUAAGCAGCCAGCCGGGCCCUCAGAAGCGCUGCCUGUUCGUGUGCAGGCACGGAGAGAGGAUGGAUGUGGUGUUUGGCAAGUACUGGCUGUCCCAGUGCUUCGAUGCCAAAGGCAGGUACAUGCGCAGCAACCUGAACAUGCCUCACAACUUACCUCAGAGGAGUGGUGGUUUCAGGGAUUAUGAAAAGGAUGCUCCCAUCACCGUGCUGGGCUGCACCCAGGCCAGGCUCGUGGGUGAAGCCUUGCUAGAAACCAACACCAUUGUAGACUACAUCUACAGCUCGCCCUCGCUGCGCUGCGUGCAGACAGCCCACAACAUCCUGAAAGGCAUGCAGCAGGAGAACAGCCUGAAGAUCCGCGUGGAGCCCGGCCUGUUCGAGUGGACCAAGUGGGUGUCGGGGAGCUCGCUGCCCGCCUGGAUCCCGCCCGCAGACCUGGCUGCAGCCACGCUCAGCGUGGACACAACCUACAGACCUCAUAUUCCUGUCAGCAAGUUGGUGGUUUCUGAGUCUUACGACUCCUACAUCAGCAGAAGCUACCAAGUGACGAAGGAAAUCAUCAGUGAAUGUAAAGGCAAAGGAAAUAACAUCCUGAUCGUGGCUCAUGCCUCCUCCCUGGAGGCCUGCACCUGCCAGCUCCAGGGGCUGUCCCCCCAGAACUCCAAGGAUUUUGUACAGAUGGUCCGAAAGAUUCCCUACCUGGGCUUCUGCUCCUGUGAAGAGCUGGGGGACACCGGCGUGUGGCAGCUCACGGACCCCCCCAUCCUCCCUCUCACCCAUGGACCCACCGGGGGCUUUAACUGGAGAGAAACGCUCCUGCAGGAGUAGGAGCACCGGCAAGGACAGCCCUGCCCAGCUGGACAAUGCCUCUUCUUCCUCCUCUUCAUCACCUUCCUCCUUGUGUUUUAUCGCCAGCAGGAAAAAACCCUCCUCGCCUGUCCCGCGCAUCCCACACGGGGCCGCAGCCCUGCAAAAAAGUCUUUUUUUAAUUUAAAUGGGCUGCGAAUCGGCUCCUUUACAACAAAACGGGCUGAGUUGAGGGGGAAAAAAAAAUAAAUUAAAAUACAGCUGGAGUGCUCUUGCACAGCUCGGGGUUGGUUUCCUCACCUUGAAGGAGCUCUGGUGACACUUUCGCUGUGGGGACAAUGAGGAUGUGGCAGGCAGGAUGCUGGGGUUGUUUUGUCACUGCUGUUUUUGCAGCCUUGUUCAGCACCUCGUGCUUGCUCCACUCCCAGCCCCCAAAGCCUCAGCACCUCGCAGGAAAAUCAAAAAAUUCAAAAAAAAAAAAUCCUCCCCCAAGGCUGGGAAUGAGUCCAGGGUUGUCUCUGCAGGCUGCACCAGGAUAUUCCUCUCCUCUGAGUGCUGAAAAUGUGCUGGAUUUGUGCAGAAAUUGGUUGAUAUUAAGGAAAAUAAGAGAUCGGUUGAUAUUCAGGAAAAUAAGAGAUUGGUUGAUAUUCACGAAAAUAAGAGAGUGGUUGAUAUUAAAGAAAAUAAGAGAUGGGCUGAUAUUCAGGAAAAUUCUGUAUGUGAAAAAUUCUGAAUUUCAAAUUUCACAUCGGUUACAGGUGAGGUUUAAGCAUCAAAAGUCAGCACAACCCCCAAACCCUCAGCACCUCCCAGAAAAAUCAAAAAAUCAAAAAAAUCCUUCCCCAAAGCUGGAAAAGAGUCCAGGGCUGCCUCUGCAGGCGGUUCCUCUGAGCAAAGAUGGGAGUGCUCAAAAUGUGCUGGAUAUUGUGCAGAGAUUUGGUUGAUAUGAAGGAAAAUAAGAGAUUUGUUGAUAUCCAGGAAAAUUCUGGCUCAGAGGGAAGUUCCAAAUUUCCACAUCUGUUACAGGUGGAGUUUGGGCAUCAAAAGUCAGCACAACAAAAGCUGGGAGGGAUUUCUUUGAAGUGGAAAUAAAAGAAGCCUUUUCCAACCAAAUCUGAGGGAUUUAGGAGGUUCAGAUUUGGGUUUUCAGUCCUUUAUUUUGAUUAUUGAAAUCCACCUGUGUCCACAGGUUUGUGCUGUUAAAUUCCCUUCAGAAGGCUUUAUAAAAGCCCUUUAUAAAAACCCUUUAUAAAAGGGUUUUUUUCCCCUUUUAUAUUGGGAUUUUUGUACAGAAAUAAUUGGGAGGGAGCAAACCCCAAAAAGAGAAAAUUGGGAGUGAGCAAACCCCAAAAAGACGAGAAACAACUGGGAUGGAACAAAACCCAAAACAGGCAGAAAUUGGGAUGGAGCAAACGCCAAAAGAGCAGAAAAUUGGGAGGGAGAAAACCUCAAAAAGAGGAGAAAAUUGGGAUGGAAAUAACCCCAAAAAAAAGGAGAAAAAAUUGGGAUGGAGCAAACCCCAAAAGAGGAGAAAAUUGGGAGGGAGCAAACUCCACGAGACGAGAAACAACUGGGAUGGAACAAACCCCAAAAGAGGAGAAAAUUGGGAUGGAAAAAAAACCCAGAGGAUGAGAAAAAAAAAUGGAUGGAGCAAAUCCCAAAAGAGAAGAAAUUUGGGAUGGAGAAAACCCCAAAGGAGGAGAAAAAAUUGGGAUGAGAAAACCCCAAAAGAGGAGAAAAAAAUGGGAGGGAGCAAACUCCAAGAGACGAGAAACAACUGGGAUGGAACAAACCCCCAAAAAAAGGAGAAAAUUGGAAUGGAAAAAAAUAACCAAAAAAAGGAGAAAAUUGGAAUGGAAAAAAACCCCAAAAAAAGGAGAAAAUUGGGCUGGAGCAAACCCAGAGGGGCUGAGCUCAGUUUUGAGCCCAUCCUGGCCAUGGUCCCAGCUAUUCCCACAAUCCACAGGAUAAAAAUCCCAUUAUUUCUACUUUUAGGACUGUGUGACACCCCUUAGGCCACUGAUAAGAGCUUUAUCACAGCAGGGAUGGAACUGAAAAGUCAGGGAGAAAAUUCAGGGCGGGGAAAAUAAAAACCCCAACCUGCUCCUGUGUGGUUUGAUCGCUGUCAGGUUCGUUUUUAAUUGUCAUUUCAAUUAUUUUUUUUGCUGUGUACAGACAUUCUGAAGAGCAUUUCUGGCUUGUUGUCCUCCAUGCAAAAAAAAAAAAAAAAACAAAUUAAAUUAAAUAUUUGACAAUCACACCAAAAAAAAAAGACAAAAAAUUUAGUUGUUGAGGCGUGUGAAUUCUCCAGAUUUUUUAUUUUUUUUUUUGUGUAAAAAUUUGGGGCAGGAAAUAUUGCUGCGUUUUAAUAUUUAUUUAUCUCAUAUCCUGCUGGAGUUGAGUGAUAUUAAAAGGAGAUUUUUAGGAGCAUUAAACAGAGAGGGAGCAAAAGCUGGAUGUACAAUUUGAGUGGUGUCAGCUGCUCUUUGAUACAGAAAUAAAUAAAAAAUAUAGAAAUAAAUAAAAAAGGUGUUCUGGUUGAGGAGGUAGAUGUUAAAAUACUCUUCUUUAAAAUAUAUAUAUAUAUUUUUGGAUGUUGGGGAAAUAUUUUGACAAUUUUGGUCUUGUCUUGAAUUAGGUGUCAGGGAGAAAAAUCUUAUUUUCUUCAGCAUUUUGAGUUUUCUUGGGGGUUUUGUGUUGAGCGGUGUUGAAAGAGCUUUUUGGGUGGAAAAAAAGAGAAAAAAUGUUCCUUUUAAAUUUAUAAUUGAGAGUUGAGAAGACAAAAAGAUUGCUGCUGCAUUUUCACCCCAUUAAUGAGGAUUUAAUGCUGAUUAAUGUGGAUUUAAUGCUGAUUAAUGUGGAUUUAAUGUCACUCCUGUGGUUUGUCCCACAACAUUAAAUUUCAGCACUCCAAAAUCUUUCCCUUCACUGUGAGCUGCAUCAGAUCCCAGCUUUUAUUCUAACAUCAAUUCCCAGCUUUUUCCUUCUCUCCACAAUUAAGGAAUAAAAAAAAAAAAAAAAAAAGCUGCAAGCCUGCCAAGAAUAAAGUUAAUUUUUAUAAUUUGCAAUGUAUGGCUUAGGAAAACAAAAAAAAAAAAAAAUUAAAUUGAGAUUUAAGUCAACAGAGCUUUGCUUGUUUAUGCAAAAUGAGGAUGCAGACCGUGGUAAUUUCAGUAAAAAUUUGGUGUUUCCCUUUUCACAGUUUCAGACAGGGGCCAGGGGCCUCUUCUGCUGUGAAAUCCUGGUGAAUUCAAAGAGAUAAAGGUAAAUUUGGUGAAUUUUAUCCCCAAAUAAUUCCUUGGGUUUGUGGGUUGGUUUAAUUUCUUUCAAAAGAGGCGCAGAGGAAGUCACAGGUAGGAGGGAUGGAGUCACUGAACAGAAGAAAUGCAAUUAACAGCGGCUGUUAAUUAACAGCCCGGCUGCAAAAUCACUUCUUGCUGCCCCCCACUUCCUCAAAUUCAUCCCCAGGGACCCCUCAUCACCCACAACAGAAAAUACUCAGCCAGUUCCUGCGUUAUUUCUCAUUAUUUCUGUAUUUCCUCAGCUCUCAGCCAGUUCCUGCAUUAUUCCUCAUUAUUUCUGUAUUUUCUCAACUCUCAGCCAGUUCCUGCGUUAUUCCUCAUUAUUUCUGUAUUUCCUCAGCUCUCAGCCAGUUCCUGCAUUAUUUCUCAUUAUUUCUGUAUUUUCUCAACUCUCAGCCAGUUCCUGCGUUAUUUCUCAUUAUUUCUGUGUUUUCUCAACUCUCAGCCAGUUCCUGCGUUAUUUCUCCUUAUUUCUGUAUUUCCUCAACUUUCAUCUCUUCAGACUCGUUGUUGCCAACAUCCCCUUUUCCUUUCGGUUUUAUUUUUGUUUCAUUUUCACCUCGUUGUAUCAUUCUGUUUAUUACGGAUUUUGGUUUUUAUUUAGUUGUAUUUAUUUGAGAGGAAAAAAAAGAAAAAAAGAAGAAGAAGUUUGCUGUUUAAAAACCCCAAUAAUUGUAUUGCCAAAACCAGCUGUGAUUACCUGUGACAUCUGUAUUUUUUUUAUUUUAGGGGCGGGUGGUUGUUUUUAAUCUCAUUUUUUUGAGCGCUGCCAACUCUUCGAACAACCACGGCGUUUGAAUUUGCUUCUCACAUUAAACGGAACUCUCAGAAUUCAGAAAAAAACAUCUCGCAGGUGAUUUAAUAAAGUUUAUUAAAUAGGAAGUGCCGAGCACCCUUCCUGUUUCACGUUUCCUCCGGAGCGUGGUGGAGCUUUGAGCUGCAUUUUUAUUUUUUCCUGAGGCUGAAAUUCGCUCACUUGACGGCAGAUGGCACAAAAUCCUCCCAAUUCCUGCUCUCCGGGAUGGGAUUUUCCCUCGGAAUUCAGAUUUUCCCCGGAAUUAUUUCACUCUCAGCUCUGGAAUUGAAGCCACAACUUUCAAACCAAACUCACUUUUCCCACACAUCUUUCUUAAUCUAAGUUUUCAUUUUAUUCUUUUUUUCUUUCAGCCCAAUUUUAUUUCUUUUUUUUCCUUUCAAUUCUGUUUUAAAUUCACGACCUGCAGCUCUGUUUUCCAGUAAAAUUGAUUCAUGAUGAUGACCGCAAAAAUCACAGAUUUAUCAACCAAAUUCCCCCUGAAAUUUCAUGGAAAUAGAUCCUAAUAAAUGAGGAAUAAAACACA